UGCCGGGACAGCCUCUGGAGACUGGAGUCUGCAGCAGCUCGCACAGGGAUCGUCAGGCGCAGCGUCCAUCCUCGGCUCCAGUCGAUAUUGAAUAAUAUUUUGCUGAUUUUGUCCCAAUUUUGGCCGGGAAUGUCAAAAGCCCAUUAAUUCCUCCGGGCGUGGCCUCUGCGCUAGGCAAUGUCUUUCCGUUCCCUGAUACCCACUGGCCCAAAAGCCACUUGGCUCAUGUUUUUUUUUCCUCAGGAGUCAGCCCGGUGCUGCCGUCGAGUGGAUUGUGACAUCACCAAUAGCAGGAGACCAGCGGCGUCUCGUAUCGUCUCCGAGCCCAUCGUCAGUCUGAUUCAUUGUCCCACACUUUGCACAUGCUGUAUACAGAAGUGCAGACAGACGUACGUGGGCUACGCUACGCCGCGAUACGAGCCGUCUGGUGUUUGCCAACUUCAGAUGCCCCGCGAUGGUGCCGCACUCGGUGACUUUCGCGCCAUCCACAUAUGCAAGACUCUUGGUGAUCAGUCAGACCAUGGGGGUUUCUCGUCCAAUUGCUUCCAUCCUCGCAUCGUUGGCUCCUGGGAGGGGAGGGGGGAGCUGACUGUCGGGGCCUGCACCCAGCCGCCCCAGCGAGUGCCCGGGGGGUCUUGGAGUCUCGGUGCGGUGUGCUGCAGCAUCUUUGCGACAUCCACCGCGCUGGCACUGCAUGCAGGUCGAUUACGAACCCACUGCCGGUCCGGUCAGCUUUGCAAGCAUGGUAUCCCAAGGGAGCUGAUAAGACCAUUUUUGCUUUUGGCCUGCCUCUCCCGUCGAUAGAGCCUCAAUAUCACUCCCUCUGUGUUUGUGUUCGCCGUCCAUCUGUCGCUAGAAACUCUUUG